AUGAUGUUGCGCAAAAUAGCUCAUGCAAUAGAAAAACAGUGGAAGAUUUGUGGCUAUAAGAGCAAUGUGGAUGUCGUAGCACUGUAUCUGGCUAGACAAGGACUAAAAAGUAUCCCAAGUCUAUCACAGUUUCGCAGAUUAAGGUAUUUGUGGAUUAACAACAAUAAGAUCAAAGAUUUAACCUUCUUGAUCAAAAACUAUUACUUGACUGAACUCUAUCUCAACAAUAAUGAGCUGACAGAUAUAUCAGGUGCUCUGAAACACUUAUGUUCAUUACAGAUUCUGUUUCUUCACAACAACGAGUUAAAAAAACUUGGCAAAACAGUGAAGGAGUUGAAAGGAAUGAUAAGCUUGCAGACUCUAAACCUAUUCCAAAACCCUCUGGCAUAUGAUCCAGACUACCGGCUUUAUGUGAUAUACUUCCUUCCUUCAGUUCAGCUCCUUGACAGGAAGUUAGUUACACAAAGAGAAAGGGAGUCAGCACUUCAUCUCUAUAACCCCAAAAUGGCUUGGGUCAUGCAGUCAAUAGCUUUUGGGAAGAGAGUAGACACAUCCCUGGGGACUACGGUGGGAUCUAGAUGCACUCAACCAGCCAGAAGACCGAUAAUGCCCCCAGGUCAUGAAUUUGGAAAUAACACAAAUAAAGUACCAUUUGAGGACCCCGAAGAUGCAAUUUUGGUACGGGCAAUGACAAGAUCUCUAAUGGAAUUUUCCUCUGUGGACUGGAACAAAGUAGCCACUUGUCAAGAAAGAUGGCUUAAAAACAAAGCAGAAGAGCCCCUUGAGAAGCUGACAGUCCAGUUUAGAUGAGAAAAAACCAAUUUCCCUCUCUAAUGUUAACCCUAUAAGUAGGUUAACAGCUCAAUAAACCAAGUACACAACAACACCUAUCUAGUUAAGUGAAUUUCCAAAAAACAAUAUUAGUGUAACAUUUCUUUUAUCAUAUGCUGUAUAGAGAAUGAAAAAAUUAAGAUAACAAAUGGUAAAUAGUUGCAAUGUUAUAAUAAAAGUUGCUUGAAAUGCAA